UUAACAAAGAUGAACUUUAACCUAUGAGUGAGCAUUAGUUGGAAUAAAUGGGCUCUAAUUAGAGAAUACUCUAAACACAGAAGAUUGCUAGCCAUUGAUAGAGUACACCAUACAGCGAGAGUCACGGAAUGUCUAUACCUCAGAGGUGGCUCCACUGUCCUAGGAAGGGUCAGGUUAUUGCAGGCAAGUUCCUGCCCUUCAAGACGCCCCUCUCAUCUCAGUAUGAUGGAGAGGUGCCAGAAGAGGACAGGUUUGGAGUGCCUAUGUUAGUCCUGUACACACAAGCCCUGGGACUGCGUAUGGGGCUUGUGAUAGACCUCACUAAGACUGAUCGCUAUUAUGACAAGAGACAGUUGACUAGUGAGAAUGCUAUUGGACACUACAAGCUUCAGUGUGAGGGGUUUGGGGAAACCCCCACUUCAGAGCAAGUUGAUGAGUUUAAGAGAGUUUGCUCUCAUUUCUUCACUCAACAUCCUGGAGAGAUUAUAGGUGUCCACUGUACCCAUGGUUACAAUCGUACCGGCUUCCUCAUCUCAGCCUUCCUUAUAGAGACAGAGGAUUGGGGACUGGAGGCUGCCAUGGCAACCUUUAUAAAGGCGCGUCCCCCUGGGAUUUACAAACAAGAGUAUCUGGAUGAGUUAUCACGACGGUAUGGUGGAGGAGAGAGUAUGCCAGCCCCCCCUCGUCCAGCCUGGUGUCAGGAAGAGAGUGAGGGUGACAUAGCAGGAGCAAUGGAGAGUGGUGGUAGUAAGAAGAGAAGGAGGGAACAACAGAAUGAUAAUGCUCACUUCAUGGAGGGCGUACAAGGAACAGUGUUUGUGGGUCCUCCAAUAAGAGAGGAUAUACAGCAACUGUGUCAGUUUGCUCUCAAGUGGGAGGGAGCUGGGUUCCCUGGAUCUCAGCCAGUCUCCAUGGACGUGCAGAACAUCUCACUCUUGCAUGAGAAGACUUAUAGAGUCUCAUGGAAGGCUGAUGGAACAAGGUACAUGAUGUAUGUUCGUGGUCAAGGGGCAGUGUACAUGUUGGAUCGUGACAAUGCUGUGUUUCAAGUGCCUCAACUCUCCUUUCCCUCACGAGGGAGACAAGGAGAGCAUGUUAAAGACACACUCAUGGAUGGGGAGAUGGUACUAGACAAGGACAAUGGUGGAGCUGUGCGACCUCGCUACCUCAUCUAUGAUAUCAUACAGUUUGAGGGCAAUACUGAGGUGGGACUGUCUGAUCACAAAGUGCGAAUGUCGUGCAUUAACAAGGAGAUCAUUGAACCCAGAGAGGCUGCAGCACGGCAAGGCUCUCUAUGCAAGACAUCUGAACCAUUUAGUGUCAGGGCAAAGAUGUUCUGGGAUGUGUCUGUGGAGACUAUGCAGAUGCUGGAGAAGUUUGUCAAGACUCUGAGUCAUGAGAGUGAUGGAUUCAUAUUCUCUCCUGGCACUGAUCCAUAUGUAGCUGGUCAGUGUAGAGACAUACUCAAGUGGAAGCCAGCAGACCUCAAUACAGUGGACUUUAGGCUGGCCAUUGUGAAGAGACAACAGCUGGGGGAGCUGCCUACCAAGGUGGGCCAAUUGUUUGUGGGUGGCUACAGAGAACCAUUCUCAACCAUUGACCUCAAAUUAAACAAAGAAGCUGCGUCUCUGAAUGGCCGCAUUAUCGAGUGUUCGUGGGACCCACAUUCUGGCUGGCACUUUAUGAGAGUGAGGGAGGACAAGAGCUUCCCUAACAGUGUCACUACAGCCAGGAGUGUUGUACAGUCCAUCCGCCAGCCAGUGACCAAGGAUUGGUUGAUGAAUAUCAUUAAAAAGAUCCCCUCUUCCCUACGACCUAGCAGCAAGGACUCUGACCUUAUGCCUCCUCCAAGGACACGCCCACAAAGACCACCCUCCACCUCAAAUUGACUGACUCUUAAUUAUAGCACAUGCACUACACCACAUUGUAGCAGUCUUAUUGUUGUUUGUUCAUGCGUAUAAUAAUUAUUGUAUAUACUUUAUUCACGUGAA